AGCGGUGGAUCCUACAUUAAGUGAAGUCAAAAAACUUCCGUCACAAACUAUUAUUCUAUCAUUUAGAUAUCUAGCCGUACUAGUAGGAUAUGAUAAUUAUAACCAACAAUAUCAGAGCCUUCUUUGCUCUAAAGUAUUUGGUAUUCAGACAAGAGACAUUGUAUUCAGCUUACACGUAACACGAUGAGGAGAAAGUUAGGGAUACAUAAAUGAGGGAUCCAUGUGUUGAGGAGCGAGAUAGAGAGAAACCCAUGAAGUGUGCACCUAUUUUAGAACUUUCUGAAAACAAACUGUUGCAAUAUUUACGGAACGGAGAAGAUAUUAACUAUAGGGUAUAUUAAAGAGAUGAUAGAGUAGGUGAUAUGUUGUCCAACCUGCCAGUAACUGAAACUAACACAAUCUCAUCUGAAUUUGAGUGUUAAAUCCCAUGAAAGAUAAAAUUAAUAGUUGCUAAAUGCUCAACAUGCACAAACUGUGAACUUUCAGUUGUUGAACCAGCACUGUUGCAUGUUUCUAGCUUUUUAUCUGGGUUCUCUUUCUUAGUGAAGAUCUAAUAUCCCAUUUUAUACACUCCUCCUUGCAUUAGAAACCUCCUAUCUUGCUAUACAAACAUAAGUCCAUAUUAUCCAUGGCCAUAUACACUGCUCUCUCACUCCUUGUAAUGGUGCUGAUACCUUCAGCCAUAGCGAAAGACACCCCUAUGACAAAUCAAACCAUUAACAAUGCUAUUGGAGAAAUGCAAAGAGCUAACUACUUUGCAUUUGUCAUGCUCCUAAAUAUGGUUUCAACCGAUAAGAUCCCGAGCAACAUUACCUUCUUGAUGCCCAAUAAUCGGUUACUAGCAAAAGCCGUGAUUCCCGAGAAUGAUGUGCUCGACUUCCUUCUCAGGCACUCCAUCCCAACCCCUUUGAGAUUCGACUACCUAAAACGCUUCCCAACUGGCUCAGUUAUUCCGUCAUCGGAUCCUGGGUUUAUGCUUAAGGUCUUCAACAACGGAAGGAAGAGCUUCUUUCUUAAUAAUGUUAAGCUUAUAAGUCCUGAUAUUUGUGUUGCUGGGUCUUCAGUUAGGUGUCAUGGGAUAGAUGGGGUGUUAACAUUGCAGGAUACUAGCAUACCACCUUCACUGCCUGUGCCUACCAACACUUCUUCCUCCCCACCCUCGCCAAUGGCCCCUCCUCCGUCACUGCCUCCUACAGCUUUUGCUCCUGCAGCUACGCCACAGCCUGCUGGGCCACACAAAUCUGGAUCUUAUCGUUUAGGUUCUGAGUGGAGUUUAAUCGGGUAUAUGUCAAAUUGGGUUCUGUUAUCAAUAGUAUGGUGCUACUUAUGAAGAGCUCGGUUCUAAGAGAUGCUGGAAUCGAUUCUCAUCACUUGACCUUAUGGCUCUCCCUAAAAAAAAGUUGAACUACAAUACUACAUUUUGGAGGUGAAAUUUGUGCUGUUGUAGGAAUAUUGCAUUUGAAUAUUCACUUGUCCACCUCAAGCUGCUGUUAAGGAGCCCUUUUCUUUAUUUUUUUUUCUUCUGCCUUUUUUUUGGAGUUCUUAAUUAUUCUAAUUGGGUGUUAUCAAUUGCAUUAGCUGUAGCAGGCAAAUGAAAAUGAUGUGUACUACAGUACUAGUAUGCCUUUCGCAGACAUUUCUAAUCAUACUAUAGCAUAAUGAUA